UCCUGGGCGUGGAAAGACUACGUCAUUCGACGUCAGGAGGACCGCAGGAAGUCUGUCUCCUCACUCAACCCGAACCCCGCAGCGGGGCCCCCCGCGUCGACCCAGACACUUCAACCCAGCCUUGAACGGGUUUUCGCCGGCCGCUGUUUUUUCUGGUGACGUCCACGGCACAGCGAGCGAUUUGUAGCUCCGGGGAACACCGGAUACGAAAGCCGUUGCCCGGAGAAAGACUUCCGCCAAAAAAAAGCCCGGCGCCGGCUUUAUUCGAAAGCGUCGGCAUGUAGCACCUCAGUGUUCAGGCUGCCAGGCUGUCUGUCAUGAAGAAGCGAGCCAACAAGGGACAGGAGGAGGAGGAGACCUUGUGCUGCUGCGAGUAUGUGAACAAACACGGAGAGCGCAGCCAUGUAGCAGCCUGCUGCUGCGACUGUGAGGACCUGGAUGACGCUUGUGACAGGUUUCUGAAAAAGGAACCUCAGAAACCUGAAUCCCUGUCACAGGUGGCAGCAGUCAUCACAGACCGGAUUCGCGUGCCCUGGCUUUGGGGUGGAGCCCGCAAAGUGGACCUGUCCGUCAUCCCUCCUCUUAUCCUCCUUCCUUUCCUGCUGCACCUCGCUGCUCUCCACUUCCUGCUUGGCAUUGUGGUUCUGACAGCUCUGCCUGGCCUGGUGCUGUGGUACUACUACUUCACCCACCGCAAGAAGGGACAGACACUCUUCUUCCUCAGUCUGGCUCUUUUCUCCUUGGCGUACAUGUACUACUUGUUCAUCACGGAGGUGCUGCCCCGCGGGGAUAUUGGCCUGGUCCAGCUAUCGGUGAUAACUGUAGGGGUCAUCCUCACACUGGUAGCUCUUGUCCACACUAAGAGAGAACCUGGCAUUGUGCCACGUAACCAAGAGGUUGUCCACAGUAAGGUGACUUAUUACAGCCCUAUGGCAGACGGAGAACCUGCCCUAAACGAGGGGAGGCUGGAUGUGACAACGACAGUGGCCAACCGGGUGGGAUUGUCGGAGCAGUCGGGGGUGGAGCUGAAGGAAAGUAGCCGAAAGAACUGGUGUCCGGCGUGCAAGGUGGUGCGGCCCCCGAGAGCGGGACAUUGUCGGAUCUGUGGUGUUUGCGUGCUGCGUCUCGACCACCACUGUGUCUGGAUUAACAGCUGUGUGGGGCAGGCCAAUCACUGCAGCUUCCUACUUACACUCGUCCUCUUCCUGUUGACAUCUGUGUAUGGGAUCAGUCUGGUACUGCAGAGUGUGUGUCCGAGACAACACCUCCUUACUGCCCUGCUGUAUUGCCCGGAGGUCUACAACCAGUACGGCACUGCACUUUGCUUCACCUGUGCCUGGUACAGCAGCAUCGUAACCGGUGGGCUGCUUCACCUCCUGGUGGUGCAGGUCAUCAACGUCAGCUACAACGUGACUGAGCGCGAGGCACGCAUCGCCCUGCGAGACAAAACAGCUCGCAGCGCCUACUGGGGACUCGUCGUCGACACUGGCGUCUACUCUCGAGGCUUCCGUGGCAACUGGGCCGAGUUCGUGACCAUGGGAGACAAACUGAAUCCUUCCUCUCCCGCCCCGUCAGAACUGGUUUUAUCUCCUACAGUGACACACUCUCCAAGAGGCUUUACGGUGGAUAGGAGCAGAAAUCAGGCAGAACCUCAGUCACUUUCCGUCCCAGCUUCUCCCGACGCUCCUCCCUCUCUCUUUCCUUGCGCAGCAGACAUGGAAGCCGCCUCCAGGCCAGGAAACAUCGAUAUAGCACCCGUCUAAAGUGCAGGCAGAUGGAGGGACAGGCGGCAAUGGAGCAAGUGUAUACACACUCUUUUCCAGCAGUUUAAGCUCCUCUGAAGCAAAAAGUACUGGUGCAGUUGGUCAGCAGAAGCUUCUUUCUCAGACAGGGACUCUCUUGCUGAUUGCUGCCAGGCUAGUGUACACCGCCUCAGGAGGAAGAGAUUGUGAUGACUCUCGGCCAGCUGGCGGGGAUUGAAAAGACAAGUACAAAUGCACACCAAUGAAUGCAUCCAAACUCAAUCAUAUGUGCCAGGUAGAAAUAAUGGAAGUGGUAUGAAAUGAUGAAGCGACCAGAGGGUACACACACACACACACACACACACACACACACAC